AUGAACUCACACGUCGAUAUGGCACAAGGUAAAGACACAAGCGACGUAGCUCACCUCGAGAGUGGAACCGACGUUGAGUCCAGCAAGACAGGCACUCGUGGACAGGACAAGGCAGGCUUGUUUCUCGAGCAGGCGGGCCACCAGGUAAUUGUCACACCGGAAGACGACAAGCGCAUCCUCCGAAAAAUUGAUCUGCGGCUGCUGCCCAUCAUACUCUUCGUCUACUGUCUGCAGUCGCUCGACAAGACAACUCUGUCUUACGCCUCGGUAUUUGGCCUGAUCAAGGACACCAACUUGGUCGGAGAUCAGUUCUCCUGGCUGGGAUCAGUCGUCUAUGUUGCCCAGCUGGUUUUCCAGCCGAUUGUGGCCUACAGCCUCGUCAAGUUCCCGCUCGGCAAGUUCAUCUCCAUCAUGGUACUCUGCUGGGGCGCGGUGCUGUGCGGUAUGACGGCCGCGCAUGAUUUCGGCGGCUUGAUGGCGGCGAGACUGCUUCUCGGUGCUUUUGAGGCAUCAGUGGCUCCAACAUUCAUCGCCGUCGUUCAGAUGUGGUACCGCCGUCGCGAACAAACCACCCGCAAUGCCGCUUGGUACGCUAUGCUCGGCAUUGUCAACAUGCUCGGCAGUCUGCUGACGUACGGACUGGGUCACAUUAAUUCGCAUCUCCACUCUUACCAGAUUAUCUUUCUCUUCUGCGGUUGCAUCACGGUGGCCUUCUCCAUCGUCAUGUUCUUCCUCAUGCCUGAUUCUCCCAUGGAGGCCAAGUUCCUCACAUACGAAGAAAAGCUCAUCGCCAUCGAACGCCUUCGUAUGAACCAAAUGGGAAUCGGCUCGGGAGUCUGGAAGUGGGAUCACGUCUUGGAAGCGUUUCUAGAUGUCAAGACGUAUCUCUGGUUUUCCUUGAUGCUCGUCAUCUCAAUCCCAAGCGGUGGCAUCUCAACCUUUGGCCCUCUCAUUAUCGAAUCAUUCGGCUUCGAGAAAUUUACAACUAUUCUGUUUAACAUGCCUUUUGGCGCUGUUCAAAUGAUUGCCACUCUCGGCGGUGCCUGGCUCUCCAACUGCAUCGGCAUGAAAUCCGUAGUUUUGCUUCUUCUCUGCCUCCCUCCCAUCGCCGGCUGCGUCAUUCUUCUCGUCGUCGGCCGCGCACCCAGCAAUCGCGCUGUCUUGCUCGUCGGCUACUACCUCAUCUCCGUGUCACUACCGCAAUGCUCUUCGUAG